CAUUAUAUAUUGGUGGCCGCCGGAACAUAAUAUCCUCGACGCAUCGUUCAAUCCAAUCCAAUCCUCCUUUACGUCUUGCAAACAAUGGCUACCCCACCAGAAGCAACCACAACAAUCAUGUCCUUGCCGGUGGGCACCGUCAUCAAACUCAUAUCCCAGAAAGCCAUGGUCGGAUCCCUCGGAAAUCUCUACGGCAGCAUCGCUGACCUCGGCGACACCUACCUCCAACCCGGCAUCACAAAAGAUGCCUUCUUGAACCCCAAAAUGUCUGCUCCCUCGUCCGACCACGUGCCGCUCCUCAUGCCUGCUCCUCCGGCAGCCGCCAACCCGCUGGACUCCAAGAAGGUUUACCUUUGUGGUCAUUGCCGCAGUUAUGCACGUUACUCCGAUGACCCGACAGCAAAAUGUCCUAGCUGCCACAACAACAUGAACCUUGAGCCUACAUAUGUUGCUCCUCCUGUGAAGGCGCAGGUGUCUUCGGCUGGCGGCGGCGAAGGAGGAGGAGGUGGUGGUGGAUUUGUGAGGGUAUAUGGUGAUGGAUGACUUGAAGGUGAUGCCACAGUCUACCAUUUCUGCCAUCACAACAAUGAAUGACAGCAACAUUAAUGAUUUUGGAUCCCUUGAGGUCAAGGUUGUUUCUUUGGAUGUUGAUGUGGGAAUGAAGUUGUUGAAAGCUG